UAUUCUACCUGUUCCCUGGCCCUGAUGAUGAAAAAUCAAAAAUCUAUUUCAAAGGAAGAUUCAACUCAAAGAUUAUCUGGAAUGCGGAUUUGAUGAUUUGGGAGUUAAUUCAUCUUCAGUUUGGGACAUUUAGAGGAUUCUUGUUCGAUGAUACAGAACGAAACUACCCUGUUGGAAGAUAUUUGUGGAAUAUAUCUGACCCUGAUUGCUUCAAUACAAUACAGUAUCAACAAGUUUAUCUUACAUUAACCAGGUGUAGCACUGUGGAGUUUACGUGUGAUGAUGGAACCUGUAUUCCUCUGGUAAACAGAUGUAAUAUUACUCCAGACUGUCCAGACAACUCAGAUGAAGUAGGUUGCAGAUCUAUCAUCCAAGAAGAGAGUUAUGAUCCGUUCCUCCCAGCUCCAAGUGGGGUUACAAAUGAACCUCUUCCUGUUGAACUGGACCUUGGUAUCCUCGUGGAUAAGAUCAUCAUGAAGGAUCUUCUACUCACGAUCAUGAUCAAGAUCCAGGUGAAUUGGAAGGAUAAACGGAUAACUUUUCAAAACCUUCGAGAUGAUCCUUAUCAGAACAUUUUAACUGAUGAAGAAGUAAAAUUACUUUGGAAGCCCACAGUGUACUUUGACAAUGCGAAGAAUGGACAAACAGUUCAAGAAAAUACAAUUAGGCUCCUUGCAGUAAAGAAAGGAAGCGAGAUUCCAUUUCAAGAUAGUUAUGCAGUUGAAGAAGCAAGAUACGAUGGAGCAAACAAUUUUAUUAAUAUGACAAUAAGGUUUUAUGCUGAAUAUUUUUGUGAUUUUGAUCUUACCUACUUUCCAUUUGAUGUACAGAAAUGCUUUAUGGAUUUCAAGCUGAGGACAGCCACUAAAAAAUUUGUAAAGCUGAAUAUGGGAAGAAUUAACUAUGAAGGUUCCAAGAAAAUGGUAGAAUUUUCAAUCAUCAAUAUUUCUACAAUAGAUUUAGAUGCAGACAAUAGACGUUCAACUCAGAGACUUGUUAUUCUAUUUGAACGUGAUUACUUUUACUACAUGACUCAAUCUUUCCUGACCACAUUUGUUCUUGGUAUGCUAGCUUACUCCACCUUCUUCAUCAAUAUAGAUGACUUUAAUGAUAGAUUUAUGGGAUCUCUUACAGCUCUACUUGUCCUAGCCACGUUAACCUCAGUAUAUACUGCUGAUCUACCCAAAACCUCAUAUUUCAAGGUUAUCGAUAUCUGGCUCCAGUUCUUUGUUAUCAGUACUGCAGUCAAUAUAUCAGUUCACGUUAUUGUUGAUAACCUCAGGAAGAAGGAAACCAAGGAAAAUGACGAGCUCGGAAAAUUCCAGAAGGUUUUUGAUGACGCCAAAAAGAAGGAUUUGAUUCGAGUUAAGCGAUCAAAGAUGGUUACUGCACGAAGAGUUAACAGUUGCUUCAUCAUUUUCUUUCCGAUCAUUUUGAUAUUGUUUACGAUCUUUAUGCUUAUUUAUGUAAUGAGAGCUCCAGAAGUAUCUGUUUACAACUAGAAUAAUCCUUUAUUACUCAUCAUCAAUUGAUUUUCCCUUUUUUUUCAGAAGAAUGCAUUUUUAAUCUUGGGAGAAAAUCUUAAUAAACUCGUUUAUCUAA